UUAUUGUGAUUCUCCAGCGAGAGUCACAAGCGUGUGAAUUAGGUGUUUUGCAGCAAGUUCUGGCGAGGGUGAGGUGUGCGGGGUUGCUGAAAAGGGGCGAAUCAGUGCGUGAACGGCUGCUUGCCUUCGCCUUAGGUCAUCAGCCCUGGACUCUCCUCUGUAACCUUAAACCCAGACGCGUCCUAAAAAAAGCAAUCUUCAUCAAUCUCCAUCGUCUUUCAACCUCUCCCACCGCGCACUCCAUCCUAGGCUCGCUAGUUCUGCAUCGUGAACGCUGGUUACUUCCAUCACCCCUUCCGCCCAAAAGAACUUUGCCUGCCGAAAAUGCAGCCGCAGUAUCGGAAUUACCCGAUUCCCGCCCAACCCGCCCAUCACGCAACGCCGACAAGGCGAGGCGGUCCUGGUCCCGUGCCUCCCCAGCCUCAACAAGCUGUCCCCCAUAACUAUGCCCACGGCCAUGUACAACAGCAGCAGCGCGUGGAGCAGGAGAGGCGCGAGCGCAUGCGCCGCAUUGCCAUGAACCCCACUGACAAGAACCUGCCUGAGGGUAUCGACGACUUGUGCAUCGGCGACGGCGCGACCCGGUAUCGCGAAUUGCGCGACGUCGAGCGCAUAUUGGAUUCCACAAUGAUGCGCAAAAAGCUCGAAAUCGCCGACUCGGUCCAUCACUCGCGCGCGCGACGCCACGGUACGAUGCGCAUAUGGAUCUCGAACACAGCGGAGAACCAGCCAUGGCAAAACAGCGAAAUGAAUAAUGAGACGUUUGACUUUGAGAGUGAGACCAAUGCGACAUACAAGGUCAAGAUCCAGGGUCGCUUACUAGACGACGGAAACGAUUCUGAUCUCGAGGAUGAAGAGGAAGAGGAGGAAGAGGAGACGAAAGACCCAGACGCAAUGGACGAGGACGGCGCAGAGCCCAAGAAGUCGAAGAACUCCAAACCCAAAUUUUUGUCGCAAUACUUCACCUCCAUCAUCAUCGACUUCGACCGUGCCAAAGGCCUCCAGCCAGACAAUUUCACGCAAAUAGAAUGGAAAAAACCGGAAGGCCAGAACAACGCAAAGGAAACCAACUUCAGCGAGCUUGUUUUCCAACGCAAGGGAGACGAGAACAUCAAUGUUACAAUCAACCUUCAGCGAUCUAAUCACCCAGAGCGAUACCGGCUCAGCGAACCUUUGGCGGAAUUGUUGGAUACAGACGAGGAGGACCGCGCAGGUGUAAUGAUGGGCAUCUGGGAAUAUGCGCGGUCGCACAACCUACAACAGGACGAGGACGAGCGCAAGUUCGCAUGCGAUGCUAAGCUCAAAGCGCUCUUCAACCAGCAGGAUACCUUCUACUUCCCUAACGUACCACAGCUCGUGAAGCCGCAUCUGAAGCCACUCCCGCCGGUUCAGUUGAAGUACACCAUCCGCGUGGACAAGGACUACAUCUCCCCGUCCUCGGAAUCCGGCGAUGCUGCAUCGAAGCCAACAGUGUACGAUGUCCAAGUUGCAUUGGAGGACCCACUCCAGCCUCUAGUCAUGGAUCUUUUGCGACCCAAGAACGCUGUCGAGACCCUCGAGAACAUCCGCAGCAUAGACGAUCAGAUCGUACUCCUCAUGGCUGCAAUCGGUCAAUCAAAAGCAAAGCAUGCCUUCUUCACAAGCAUGGCCAAGGAUCCUGCUGCAUUCGUCAAGCGCUGGCUUUCCUCCCAGAAGAGAGACCUGGAGGUGCUACUUGGCGAGGCCUCACGAGGUGGCGGAGAAGACGCUUCGGGCGAGGAAUGGCAUCGUGGCGGCUUGGAAGGUGUCUGGGGCAGCGAUGUCGCAAAAGAAAGCGUUGCUCUCUGGCUGGCGCGACCAAGCACCUCGAAGGCCCAUUAAGUGUAAACUUUGGACGGUUGUGGGCUCAGCUCUCUUCUUGCCCCUCGAAGAGAUCUCUUUUUGAUUUUCCACUUUCAGAUGUUGUUACGGUGUUUGUCCAGGAGGCGCUUCGACUGAUUUCCCGAAAUUCAGCAUGA